GAUAGUAUCGCGCACAUGAUCGCGCAGACUGUACGUAGAUGACGCAGUGAGCUGAGCUCCAGUGAAGAUGGCUCCCUUUCCUGACGAGGUGGAUGUUUUUACUGGCCCACAUUGGCGAAUGAAGCAGCUGGUGGGCCUGUACUGCGAAAAACUGUCAAAAACCAACUUCUCCAACAACAAUGAUUUCCGGUCUUUUCUACAGUCUCUGUGCGCCACCUUUAAGGAGUUCAAGAUGCAUGAACAAAUUGAGAAUGAAUACAUUAUCGGCCUGUUGCAACAGCGCUGCUGCACUGUGUACAAUGUGCACUCUGACAACAAACUGUCUGAGAUGUUGUCUCUCUUUGAGAAAGGGCUGCACAGUGUUAAGAGUGAAUACGAGCAGCUUAACUAUGCGCAGCAGCUGAAGGAGAGACUGGAAGCUUUCACACAGGACUUUCUGCCUCACAUGAAGGAAGAAGAGGAGGUGUUUCAGCCAAUGCUUAUGCAGUACUUCACCUAUGAGGAGCUCAAGGACAUCAAGAAACAGGUGAUAGCGCAGCACUGCAACCAACAGCAGGGCGGCUGUGCAGUCGAGGUGCUGAAGGGCUUCAGUUUGUGGAGCCACGCAGAGGAGCUGCAGAAAGCCUUCAAAUAUGCCGAUCACGAGAAGACAGAUUAUGAACUGGAAAAGAACAGAAAUUCUUCAACCCACAUCUCCAAGCUGCCCACAGAAAUUAUGCUGAGGCUGUUCCAUUAUUUGAGCCCUGAAGAUCUGUGUCGGUGCAGUCAGGUGUGCAGCUCUUGGUCAGAGCUCGCCAAGACGGGUUCUUUGUGGAGGCACCUGUAUCCUGUGCGCUGGGCCAGAGGUGAUUAUUAUAGUGGACCACCCGGGGAUCUGGACCAGGAGCCUGAUGAGGAGUGGGUGAAGAGUCGGGAGAACGAGGGCCGUGCCUAUCAGGAAUGGGACGAGGACGCUGAUGUAGAUGAGUCUGACAUGUCGGGGAAUAGAGGCGGCUCCUCGGCAAUCAGCACUGCUCAGAGAGAGAAGAGGCUCCUGAACGGGAUCAUCCAGAACCUUCUGCCGGCCGUGGGUCCAUCUGUCAAGUCCAUCACUCUGGCAUACAGCUCUACCGUCUCCAGUAAAAUGGUCCGUCAAAUCCUCAGUCUCUGCCCCAACAUUACUCAUCUGGACCUGACCCAGACUGAUGUUACAGAUUUGGCCUUUGACAGCUGGUCGUCCCUCGGGGCCUGUCGCUCUCUGGAGCACCUGGAUUUGUCGGGCUGCGAGAAGAUCUCCGAUCACACCCUGAAGAAGUUAUCCGUCGGGCUGGGCGACGUCACGUCUCCCGUCGGUGUCGACAAACACUCAGACCGGCGAGCCAAGCUUCUCAAAAGCCCCACUGUUCCCAUCACGCUCAUGGAUGAGAGAAACCUGCAUCCGGUGGGGCGCAAGCGGCAGGCCAUCAUCUUCAAGCAGGGGACUGCCCGCUGGGGGGCCGCCUGCACGCCCACACAAGUGUGGGUCCUGGACACUUCGAACCUCGCCGACAUUGAAGACGCCGCGGAGUGGAGCCGCCGCGGCGGGAUGUCUCUCCCGGGCACGGAAAGCUUUGUCGAGACACAGCUGGUGGGAGGCUCGUGCUGCUGCAGGAGGAGGAUGAGGCGCGGGCACAGGACUGGCUCGGAAGCCUCCUAUUUGCAUCAGCAGUACGCUAUGUCUGGGGAAGUGUUCUGCGGCCACUCCACCUGCUGCACUACUGACACGGCCCUCAGGACUUUCACUGGGCCUCAGCACAAGUCAGGGACCACUAGAAAAAACACUGCAGAAUUCUGGACUAAAUGCUCUCUGCUCGGGGGCCUGCAGUGCGCGGAGUCUGAAAACAGGACUGACCGAUCGGAAGCAAAACGCUCGCUGAGAUUUCUCAGUCUCUCUGGAUGUUAUCAGAUCACUGAUUUGGGCUUAAGGGCUCUGUCUCAGCGCGGAGGGCUUCCCGUCCUGGAGCACCUCAACCUGUCUGGCUGCCUGUUCAUCACCGAGGUCGGGCUGCAGGAGCUCGUGUCGGCCUGUCCUUCCCUCAACGACGAACACUUCUAUUACUGCGACAACAUCAACGGUAACGCAAGCCAAACGCAAAAUAGCGUGCAUGCACAUUAUUUAGCGCUGAAGAGGUCGUGUCCUUGUUUUAAGAUGUAAUGGUGACUGUGCAUUAUUUGUGAGUAAACCCAUUACAGUGUGUGUCAACUAUAACAAACACCACUAACCCCACUCACAUAGCGCGUCCGAGUGUAAGUAAUCGGUGCUGCUGAGAUGGGAGGUAAGUGGGCGUUACAGUAGCCAGCAUGAAUGAUGCCUUCAGUGAUGCCUUCAAUGAUGCCAGGCAGUUUAUUAAAUCAUUCAAAUAUCAUCGUUUCACCUGUCCUCCUGGAUGCAGGUCAGUGUAUAACCCCAGCGUGGUGUUUGUCUCCAGGUCCUCAUGCAGACACAGCCAGCGGCUGCCAGAACCUGCAGUGUGGUUUCAGAGCGUGCUGUCGCUCUGGAGAGUGAUCCCUGCAAGCAACGCUCUCCUACAAUGUCACUUCUCCUUUUCAUUGCACUUUAUCCCGGGAAUACCGUUUGCUGUAUUUGUGUCACGUAAAAAUGUUUCUUGACGAAACUGUAAUUCUGCUCCUGUUAUUUCCGCCUAUAUUAUUAAUGGAAAUAAUCCUUUAGAUAAGGAAAACAAAAGGGGUGAAGUGUCUGCAAAUGUACAUUCGGGUUCCUUUUUUUGGGUUUGGAAAUGUUAAAAAAAAACAAAAAAAACAAGUUCAGCACCAAGUAGGUAGUGUUUCCUGUAGUUAAACACAUUUGUUUUGUCACAGACUAAACAGAUUUACUUGAGUCUGCUUCUCCCCGCGCUGUUCACUCAUUUAUAAUCAGCACAGUGACUGACUGAGAGAUCGGGUUUUGUACUGAAGAUGGGGAUAAGAAAAAUUAAACUGAGGAGGAGAGAUUCUCUCUUUACUUUGAAGCUGACUGAUCUCAGUGUCGGUCAUAUUGUUGACGGUUAGGGUCUGUACAUAGGAAUUUUGUGACUGCCCUGCUACAAUACCCCGACAUUGGCAAGGAAACCGUCUGAGUUUCUGAGGCGUAGGACUCGGUCCAUGAUGUCGCGGUAUAGUCUCAAACAUUUUGUCCCGAGUUUUUCACCAAAACUUUUUUUUUUUUUUUUUUGGCUUCUCUUUUCUGUUAUGCACUCCACAUGGACCAACGCUCACUGAUUUGGACACAGCCAAUGCUGAGGAGCUUUUAGAGAACCUGCUGGGGGGAGUAAAAAUAAUCAUUCAUGGCUGCAGCAGGAUUUGUUUUCUGGUUUAAAGUCUUGCAUGAGGUUCAUUGGAAAUGUUCAGUUCAUAACAAAAGUAUGUUGGAGUUAGAAACUGCAGCUGGUCAUAUUAAUACUUACAAACAAGCCAGAGUAGUGUCUUAAACACAUUUAAGAGUUAAUUACAUGUAUUAUACAUAUCCAACAAACUGCAAUAAAUCCUCUUUUUGUUGAGA